AUGGCCCGGGAGGCGGUGGCGUGGCCGCCUGAGGAGACUGUGUCGCUCUGGAAACGGGAGCAAGCCCGGCUGAAGGCCCUCGUCGUGGACCGGGACACGGAGGCGUGGCAGCGGGACGCCGCCUUCUCGGGGCUGCAGAGGGUCGGGGGCGUGGACGUGUCCUUUGUGAAGGGCGACAGAGCCAGCGCUUGUGCCUCCCUGGUGGUGCUCAGCUACCCUGAGCUCGAGGUGGUGUAUGAGGACUGCUGCAUGGUUAGCCUGACGGCGCCCUACAUGUCGGGCUUCCUGGCCUUCCGAGAGGUGCCCUUCCUGGAGGACGCAGUGCGGCGGCUGCGGGAGAAGGAGCCCUGCCUCGUGCCCCAGGUCCUCCUUGUGGAUGGAAAUGGGGUUCUCCACCACCGAGGCUUCGGAGUGGCCUGCCACCUCGGCGUCCUCACAGACUUGCCCUGCAUUGGGGUAGCCAAGAAACUUCUACAGGUGGACGGGCUAGAGAACAACGCCCAGCACAAGGAGAAGAUACGACUUCUGCGGGCUGGAGGAGAUUCAUUUCCUCUAAUAGGAGGCUCUGGGACUGUCCUGGGCAUGGCCCUGAAGAGCCACGACCACAGCAGCAAGCCCCUCUACGUCUCUGUGGGCCACAAGAUAAGCCUGGAGGCUGCCGUACGCCUCACUCGAGGCUGCUGCAAGUUCCGGAUCCCAGAGCCCGUGCGCCAGGCUGACAUUCGCUCUCGAGACUACAUCCGCAGGACCCUGGGAGUCCCCGGGCCCCCCGCACCAGGGCAGGAGAGGAGCCAGAAGGUGCAGAGGCCAAAGAUGUGCCCUCAGGAAGGUUCGGAAGAGCCGGAAGGGGUCUGCACCUGGCCUGCCCUGCACCCUGGCAAAAGUCAGCUCCCAGAGCCUGAGACCCCAGGCGGCACCCUCCGCAGGAGACCCCGAGCCUCCAAGGCCGGGCGGGCGGCACAGCAGGAGAGGCGCAGUGGGUUCAAGUUCGGGGGUAUCAGCUCCUACUCGGAUCUGAGCCUGUGGGAGCCAGAGAACCGGCUGAAGCAGGAGAACUUGAACGUGGCACUUCCCUUCCCCAAUCCCCAGUCCCUCCUCCGGGAGAUGGAGCAGAUGAUGCCCACGGCAGCCCUGUGCUGA